GCGUAGUCUCGCAUAAAGUUAAACACGCCUACAUACGUAGAUGAUCGGAUGUGGGCAGAGCUUCGGCGGUCACCGGAGAUAAACACUCAAGCGAUUCCACGCUCGGUUUUGACGCCCAAACUUUAAAUGAGGACAAAGCAGACCGUCGCUGGAGGCCACAGACAGCGAGGGUGCGGCGCUAUCUCUUUAAACCCACCCGGUGUGAAAAGUUCAGUCAAGCGGGCGGAGAGGCGGAGAAUCCUGCGCGGUUUGGUGCAGAGAUCCGCGUCUGAUAUCGUGAACGCAGGCUCAGCGCGACAGAUGGCUGGGGACGGCGGAGAGGCCAAACGCCUCCCAAAGAGACCGUUUCACGGCGAAGGAGAAGAAAAUUCAAGCGUAAACAUAAACGAAAACGUCAAAAUUAAACCUGGGAAAAAGACACAGAGAGAAGCUUGUGGCGGGAAGGAACGGCCCGGUAAGGAGAACGCGAGCGUUUUGACUCACUGCCACACGAGCGGCUCAGCGGAAAAGAUGGACCACACUGCCAUUCGUGGCUCGCAAACGCGAGAGGACCCGAGCGUUUUCUUCGACGAGGACAGCAAUCACGUUUUCCCGGUGGAACAGUUCUUUGGGAACAUGGAUGUUGUUCAGGAUUGCCCACAAAGAACUCCAGGAAGCAAGAGGAUGAGCCGGAGAGAGUACAGGAGUCUGCAUUUUUAUGCCAAAGAUGACAGUGAAGAUGAGCAGCUAUGAGAGGUCAUCGCUGUCACAGGCGGAGCUUAAACUUCACACAUACUAUAUGCCACGGUAUUUACUUUUGGCAUAUUGAUGGACGUCAGGGAGGGAGGUUCUGCUAUUAAUAUUGGCGUAGUUGGUAAAGUGAAAAGGUUUGUAAAUGAAUGUUUGAUCUGCAAUCUACCCAAGUUACUUACUGGGAUGCAUUGUGUCAGGCAAUAUUUGUAUACUUCUGAUAGCAUGAUUGACUUAUCCAUGAUGUGGUAAUUAAAUUUUUAUGGAAUGAGGUACAUUAGUGGUAAUGAAAGUGUUAUAUUUUUGCAUCCCUAUUUAUAAACUUAAGAACAUUACACUUGUGCCAUACAGGAAUGUACAGUAUGAGGGGGUUUGUGCUAGACUUCAUGCUUGUUUCGGUCAUGUGAUUGGUGGGUUGUUUUGACGGGCAGUUAUAUAAUAUGAAAAACUGAGUACAUUGUAAGUUGAUCCUGCAACACUGGCCAGCCCUGUUUUUUACCACUAGUCCUUACUGAUGUGCUCUGAAAUCCACAAUUCUUUAAGCUUAUGUGAAUUGGUAUCAGUCAAGUGCCUCGUGGGACAAAUUUGCCGUUCAGAUGUUGUAAGGAAUUAGUGAACUUCUAUCGUUCAGAAUUUGGCACUUUAAAAAAAUUCUCUGUUGAGAAUGAAUAUUUGUUUUGAAAAAACAGACUACAUGUACUUGUGAUUUGGUGCUGUUUAAUUGAAAAUGAAAGUAUACUACUCCAUUCCUGUGUUAUUUGAUAUGCUUAAUAUGAUGUAAAUAUUUUUUAUUGCUUUAAGACUUCAAAUUAGUUUUGUCCAAUUUGUUUUAAUGUACAAGUUGGAAUUUUAAAUGGAGAAUAUCAGCCUGUCAAUGCAUGUAUAGCUUUGCGAGAAAUAUGUUUGUAUUUUAAAAAUUGAUAAUGUUUGAGAGAUGCUUGUAUACUUUUAUUAGAAAGAAUUUGCACUAACAUGUUUUUUUUAAAGAUUUAACAUUUUUAAAUUUGCGCUUUACAAAUGUGAUGUAUGAGGGGAAAAAAAUUACAAAUUGUGAUUUUGGAAGUUUAUAUUUUUUAUCGAAGUGAUAAAUAUUUAAGUGCUAAUUUUUGCUACCAAGUGCCAUGUUUGCACAUCACAUGUCAUUUUCUUGUAAACUUAAUUUCAGUUUUUAAGUGUAUUAUCAUAUAAAAGUUACAAUACUCCGUCCAGUGACAAUAAACCUCACCAUUAACAUCU